AGCCCGUGGAACGGUUAUUCGAAUCUGCUCUGAAGUGAAGAGUUUGUCGCUCAUGCUUAUUUAUUCAUGUGACUACUUUCACAGACGAUAAAUUAAUUAUGAUGUGAACAGAAAUUGCACAAAUUAAGCAUCCGAUAAUUUGUUUUUAUUAAACUAAUUUAAAUUUGUUUGUUAUAGACCAAAAGAAGUAAUAAAUUCCAGAAAAUAUUCCGAGUGAAAACUUUUCCCGCAAUGCUGACACUUUUAUACUGCAUCUUAAUUUACGAAUUCUCAAAGCCAAAAAUAGAACGAAAUUUUACGUGGAUAUAAAAUAAGAAACCGAGCUCUUUAUAUAUUUCUCGUAAAAAAAGAUGGGUUGUCAAAGUACUAAAACUGCUUCUAGCAAAAAGGAAGGUGAACCUCAUAACGGCGAGGCGGUUGCGACAGAAAACGUGAAAGCCAUCAUUUUAGAUGAAAAUGACUCUAAAGAACUGACACAAAAGCAAAAAGAACUGGUCAUGGACACUUGGAAGCAGUUGGUAGCGAAUAUAUCCAACGUCGGGGUUAUAACAUUUAUGAAUUUAUUUGAGACGCAUCCUGAUGUGCAAGAUGUUUUUAUGCCCUUCAAAGGACUAUCUGUAGAAGAGUUGAGACACAGUAAAGAGCUACGAGCGCAUGGACUACGGGUGAUGGGUUUUGUACAGAAAGUAGUUGCUCGGUUGGACGAGCCAGAGAAGUCAGAACAGUUGCUGAAAGAGCUGGGACGCAAUCACGUCAUGUAUGGUGCAAAGGUUGAUUAUGUGGAUCUGAUUGGGCCGCAGUUCGUCUUUGCAGUAAAACCUUCAAUGGAAAAAUACUGGUCUGAGGAAAUAGAGGAUGCCUGGAUACAGCUAUUCAGAUAUAUGGCGUACCAAAUGAAGAAGGCAAUGCUAGAACGAACCUGCCCAAAGUCUCCAUCAAAUGAAGAAGUGACAAAAGAGAGCGAUAUCAAAUUGAAUGAAUCUUAGUGAUGCUCGAGAGAAGAUUAAGCAUUUUAUUUUGUGAAUUUUGGUUUACUUCAGAAACAUUCCAUUUUAACUGAAGUACUUGAAAACUUAAGCCUAUUAAGUUAACUUAAUAGGGAGAUUUUUGGUUAAGAAGGUUUUUGACGCUUUGUUUUCAUAUAAUUUAGCCUUCAUGACAAAAUAUAUUUCCCGCCAUAUUUUGGCAAAAUGAGGAAGUAAACAAAAAUGGAAAAAUUAAAUGGUGAAGCAAUAUGUCAAUAAGGACUAUGUUUGCCGCACAAAUAUAAUUUCAAUUUUAGAUUGCCAUUUCGAAAUUCUAUGAUUAAAGUUUUGAAAACUUGGCAAACACCUUCACAAUCAAAAACUCCUCAUGACAUAUACAUUUCACAGAUCAUAAUUUUUCUAUAAUGGAAGGCCAAAGAAUGAGUUUUUGCUUUACUUAAUGUAUUUUUACAAAUUUAAAAAAACUACAUCGCAUAUAUAUAUAUUUAUUAUUGUAUUAUCACACAAAAUGUGUAAAACUAUUUGAAGAAUAAAAAGUGUAACAUAAAAUCAUUAUAACAACAUUUUUACAGUGCGGAGAUGCUGAUAUAAGUUUAAAAAAAGUGAUUACAAAACUACUGCUUUGUAAAUAACAUCAUUUAAGCACAAU